AGAGACACUGUUCGGGGAGUUAGGGGAACCUUUUACAGCCGCCUCUUCCUGACAAGGUGUAGAGCACAGAUACUGUUACCCAGGUGUUGAGCACAGAUACAAGGCCUACACUGACAUGCGAGUGAUUACGCAAACAAGCCAGCUCCUAUAGCAAAUGGCCAGUCAAUGACCUUUUGGAAGUGUGUAGCACAGUGCCUUCCUUUGCCAUAUCAUUUCAAGUUUGUGGGGGAGCUGGAGCCAUUCCACCUGACAACUGACGGAAAGCGGGGUGAACCCUCUAGAGACAAUCCACCCUUCACGCUCAUAAUCACACCUACAAGCUAUUCAGAGUCUCCAUUUAACCUGCAUAAGCCAGAGGAACAAGAGAAAAGCCCAACACAACAUCAGCAUGUGAAGCAGAUAACGGCUUUUGAUGAGCUCCAGGCUGACUUCAAGGUGCCGAUUGAUCAGGGGAAUCCACUCCACGCGAGGGAGAGACUGCGGAACAUUGAGAGGAUCUGCAACCUGCUGAGGAAGUUGGUGCUACCAGAGUAUUCCAUCCAUGUGCUCUUCUGCAUCAUGUUCCUCUGUGCUCAGGAGUGGCUGACUGUGGGUCUCAACAUCCCACUGCUCUUCUACAACACAUGGAGUAGGUACUUUCAUUCCCCAACGGACACCAAGGAGCUGCUUUACGACCCAGCGUCUGUGAUGAACGGCGACACGCUCAAGUUCUGCCUGAAGGAGGCCUGGUGCAAGCUGUCCUUCUUCGUCCUCUCCUUCUUCUACUAUCUCUACUGUGUGUGGAACCUGGACAUAUCCCUCUAAUAGGUCAUAUCAAUGGAAACACUUAAAGCUCAUGUUGGAUUGAUCGGAUGUUUUAGUGACCACUGACAGCAGCCGCCGCAGCAGAUGUGAGGUAUUCUGUGCUCUUCACUACAAAGCAGGUUGAUGGCCCGUUCACUUUUAAAAUCCAUCAAGUUCAACAUAAUUGGUUCUGACAGCUUGUUCACAACUGAGAUAUAAUCUAGACUUCAGGAUGGCAUCAGUCUGGGAGCUGGAUAUUUCAGCAGGUUGUCUAUUACAUCUAAUUUUGUGGAAAUGUGAUUUUUCUUUUUUGCUAUAUAACCUUAUGAAGGCCGUUACACCAAAUUAAGCCACAGGAUGUUAUUGUCAGAUGCAGAGACACCUAAAAAAAAAACUUAGUAGCAUAGCAUCUUUUGCAGACUUCAUGAUUGUGCUGAAUGAAUUUGGGGAAAAAAUCCUAAUUGCUAUAUUUUGCGUAGAUAUUUUGAUCGUGUUUGUGAUCAUUUUAAAUCAAAUUUCAGCACAUUAUUCUUUGUAAUAUAUGUAAAACAUGGAUCACCAGCACAUCAGCAAUAUUAAAGUGCCUGUAAGGAAAUGCAAAUGUGGAGUAAAGACUAAAAACUGCUUCUCUCCAGUCUGUUCAGGAUUGCGUAGGUGUGUCUAUUGGCGCUUUUCCACUAGUUCCACUCUACUCUUUUUUGCUAGUCCAUUAGUGAUAGUUCCCAAUACCUGGUACUUAUUUAGUACCUGCUCUGGUGAGGUUCCAAGCAAACUGAGCCGAUAGAAAAUGUGAGAGUGACAUCCGACACAAGAAUCAAUCCGAAAAAUGCCGAAAUCUAGAUUAAAAAGAUGUAAAAACCCUGAAAACAUGCGUUAAUCUCCAACAUUUAGCAAGUAAAAUGUCUAAAAUCUUAAUAUUUAACAAAGGAGUCUGUUGUAUUUAGCGACAGCACUGCCGGUCAUGCAGGAAGUACUGAACUAAUGUAUUUAAUUAACUGUUUCUAAUGAUCCAAAUACACUGAAAAGAAGUGCUUUGCUUGUCACUAGUUUGUUGGUUUAGGUUUACGUAUAUACGUUUAGGUAUAAAACGAUGACACAGCAUUUUCAUGCAGCUGUGCUAUGACGACCAAGCCCACAUUGAAGAGGUGUUAUCUUAGUAAUGGAAAAAGAACUAAACCAUGUAGAGUGUCAUAUUUAAUUAUUGACUCUUGACCAAUCAGAUCUAAUAGUUAAUCACCUGAAAUAUGACCAAUAAUUACUUAUAUUGUACACACAGACAGACAGGGAUGACAAAAAUAAACCGAUUCCCUAUAUGCCACCAUGCAGAGUAAAUAUUGGUUCUCAUGAAUAUUUAGAACUGGUUGGAUUUGGAAGUGAAGACGCCUGAAACCUGCUUCGUGAUGCUUUAUUUUCUCUUGCCCCGUCUCUUAACACUAACCCUUCUUUUUUGUCUCCACCGCACCCUGAAACCAAACACACCCCAGCACACUUGUCUGCAUCUGUGACCUUCGCCUUCACAAUUAAUCAUGCAGGAAUCCUCACACACGUACGCCUAUAUUCACCCAAUGAAACCCUGCAUGCACCCUAAAGACGCCUCGGCGAAAACAAAGUCUGUGCCUGAGCAUUUAGGCUCCACACACCUGGAUGACAGGUGAUUUAAAAUCCUCUGUGGUUGGUCAGUGGAGCGUAUCCGGCGCAGGUGACCCAUGGAAUUACUCUAUAACUCCUGAUGUGGUCCAUGUGGGCAACAGCAGGGGGAAAGAAGCUCAAAAGGGAAGCAAACAAAAACUGGGAUAUGCCAAUGUAUAUUUUGAUAAAUAAUUCAAGAAUUACAUACUGGUACAAAUAUAUUAUCAUACAAUGAUAUAUAAUGCAUGUAUGUAUGUAACACUCCUCUGCUAUAGCGCUUCCUGACACUGGAUGAUAAUGACAGUCCCUCACUGAAUGUAACCUUUUUACCUUUAACCCUCCAGUUUCUCUCUUUUAUCCCUUUCUCCUCUGUGGAUGCUGUGUGUAAUGUGGUGUAUAAUCACUUUGUUUUAUUCUCUUGGAAGAGGAAACACAAGCUCCCGUAUUUCCUCUUGCCUUCACUACACUAGCAUGUGAUUGGGUGCUUCUGUCUUAAUGUACAUUUGCAAGUAAAAUCUUCUCAUACAUGUUACGCAGAUGAUCAUCUGAAUAUGAAACAACCUCUUAUGAUACAGUUACGUCCACAUUCUUAACUACAAACAUCUGAAUUCCAUCGAUCUCUCAAAUGGAACAGACAUGCAAAUAAGUAUAUUUUUGUAUGCAUCAACAAUAAAAGAAAAAACUUAAUUCUGUUGAUUCAGAAACAGCAAAUUGGUGAGCGACAUUGAGAUUUGGCCACACCCACAUAGCACAGGUUGAUGAUGUCAACACUCAGCAAAUGCCUAAAGGCAAAAAACACACAUGGAUUCUGAUAUGGAUGUCCUCAUUCAUGCCGCAUGGUCACAUAUUAUUGGAUAUAUAUCUGAUCUGGGACAUCAUCUGAUGUGACAGUAUCUGGCAAUUUCAUUUGUGUCCACACAGCCCUGAAAAAUAGAUCCAUCUAAAGUGGAAAAAAUAAAAUCAGAGACAAAUGAUGUCAAAUGAUGGUGAAAUGUGUUAAUUUAAGCUGACCUGGUCGUCUUCUUACAGUCAAACAUGGAACAACCUUCUGUGUGUUCAGUGUCAGCCUCACUGUUAGACCUCAGGUGACUCUUAAAUACUGAAUAUGAAAUAAAAAUAACACAUUUUGAUAACAAUAGAGAGGAAGUUCUAAUAGACAGAGCCCGUUUUCAGAUAAGGGACACAACAUUCUCAUGACAUCACGUUGUUGUUGUUCACAAGGACUAAAAUGCAAUUUGCAUGGACAGUAUUAGAACCUGUCACAGAGUCACAAGUGUGAAUACAUUAAUAGCACAUGCAUAAUGCAUUUACUUAGUUUUCAUUACUUAAAUUCCCCAAAACAAUAAUAAGAGAAUCAGGAGACUGCUGACUUUCUACUCACACUGCACUCUAAUUAACUCUAACAGGAUGUUACCUCAUUAACACAUGUUGUUCAUGUGUAGUAAGGUGUCAUGUGAGGAGCCCGCGUUCAGCACUAAUUCACCUCACAUUUGCUUUAAUGAGUGUGGGGUUUAAUUGCACUUUGGCUACAUGUACGAUACAGUUCCUGGUCUCACGACUGGUAGCACACAGCUGCACUCACAGCAUUAAAACAACUACGUUUCUAUUGCUCAAUUAUCUAUAAAUGCAAAUAUCAAAUAGCACAGCGAUGGGUGGGCAACAAAACAGAUAUCAUUUUCUUAAACAACAAUUUAACAAACAUCAAUAUGUUUAUAAAUUGUACUUCUGAUUUGGAGAUUUGAUUUAUUUGUCUAUAAAGACGUUUACAACCAACACUUAACUGCCGUCUUCGAUGUUCACGCUUAGGAGCAAGAAACAAUAUUUAAUGCUGACAUUUAUUACUGGAAAUGUUUGGCUGUGUUGCUCAGUACCAAAUAUUUUAUUAUACAGCUGACAUUUAAUGAUGCUGGGACAGUGAAGGAGCUGCAAUUUCAACAGCGACUGGUGUUUCAACCAAUAACGAUGCAGUUUAAGACCCAGAAGUUCAGGCUGACACAUGCAGCAUACAGACACGACACGCUCCCGGGUAUAUACUGUAGUUGUCACCAUACCUGACAAAUGUAUUCAUACAGAAAUGGGAGCCUACAAGCUUUUACUUAUUGACAUUAUCUGUGAUGAGCAGCUCAACAUUUAAAGCAUGAAACACUCUUGACUACAGCUCCUUCUCGCAGAAACAGCAACAGGCCGUUUAAUUAAUAAGGCAUGUUCGAUACUACAGCACAAACUAGCAAUCUAAAUAUCUAUCUAUCUAUCUAUCUAUCUAUCUAUCUCUAUAUAUACACAUAUGUGUAUAUAUAUAUAUAUAUAGCAAGUCUAGCUAUAUGUGCUAGACUUGCACACAUCCCAUCUAUCAUCAGUUACAGAUGACAACGUACGGCAGGGCAGAGUCUUAAUUCUCACAAAACCAUAACUGACAGUAAAUAAAAAGGUUUAUAUUCCCAUUAAACAUGUUUAUCUGAACAGUAAAAAUGUCACUUGCCAGACUGGACUGGGAAAAAACAUCCACAAAAACCUGUUCCUGAGUCUCAAAGGUUUUACAGGAGAAAUAAUUCACUCCUGCUCUGUUUUUGCUUCGCUCACAGUGAAUACAGAACUGUGGGAUCAUGAGUUGAUGCCAAUCUGUUCUUGUUAAGUCACAGAUCUGUGAAACAAGUGUCAACUUCCCCAAUGUGUGAUUAUUUACUGCUGUUGCUGUUCAUGGGAUUCCUAAUUAACCCAUUUUUUUCCAGGUUUAAAUCGUAUUUACUUAAUUUACAUUUAAAAAAAUGCAUCAUUUUGCUGGAAUCAUCUUGCACUUUUCAGCAAAGUUGUGUUUUAACAGCUUAUUUUACACAUGGUCAUUGCAUUACAUGAUGCUCAUCAGGCUUUGCUUUUUUUUUAUUUUGCAUCCAGCGGUGUUUCCACAGCUGCAGUGUUUAAGGAAAUAUGAAAACAGCACAAACAUGCCAGGAAGGAUUGUUGCUUUGACUUUUGUUAGAUCACUGUUUUAUAAUAAGGUUAAAUCAUGAUAUUCAUUGUAGAAGAGUAUUGCAGUUUUAUUUAUUAAUAACAGUACUUUAACAGGUCUGCCAUGUAAUGUUCCAAUGUCUAAUAUUUCCCUUUUAAAAAAAUCAAUUUGGUAUACAGAUUUACAUUAAGUGUGAUUUUGAAAAAUUACAGCUCUUAAGAAAAUGAUAAUAUGAGUAAAGCAAUUCACUUUAAACAUAAUUAAACAGUGAUAAUGUAUAGUUUUCUCCUGUUUUUGAUUGGUUUGGGGGGGGGAAAGUAAUUUCAUUAUUUGUAUCUCUGCAUAAAACCUGAUCUAUCAUCUCUGUAGCAUGUUUAAGCUAUUUUUAAGCAGUAGCUGGCUACACUCGUCGCACCUUAGUCACACAGUAUAUCAAUAGGUAGCGUCCAAAUGUCAUGCCUUUAGACCCAACACUGCUGAGGAUGUAAAAGAAAUCAAGGUAAAAAUCAGUUUCACACAAAAACAGCUGAACAAAUGUAAAUACUUUAGCUAAUUUUACAUUAGCAGCUGCAAUUUACAGCAUAGUUUGCAGCAUACAUUACUGUAGGCCCCAAACAGGGUAGUGGAUCUAGAAUUAUUCAGGUCACUUGUGAUAUUAUAAUAACAGUUAUUUCUCACUCUGCCCCUGUGUGGGAGCUCCCACUCAGACGAGUAAAGAGGCUGCACCCUUUCUUCCACACAGUGCUUACAUGCGUUAGUGUGGACGCAGCUGUACCUCAACACAGGCAGCAGAUGAGGGCACGAUUCUGUUUGCACUACACUGGACGUCUGUGUAGACACAGAUGUGUUCUGUGUGAACUUGAACAAAAACACAUGACGAAACAAAGAGAUGCACAAUAUUAUGUCCGUUUUACUGCAGGAGCCUGUUUGCCAACGUUGGCCAACCUAAGCUAUUAGGUCAUAGCAGAUCUAAUUUGCUGACCAGAGCAAGAGGACAUUUCAUUGCACAGAGAUUCAGCUUUGAGUGACAAUUGUGUCUCAUUUUAACGCCACCAAUUAUUAUUCAACUAUGACCAAUGUGGAGGCGUUGAGGUGAGCAGCAGUAUCCCUGACGCAGCAUAAGAAUAAUGUAGAUUGUGACAAGAGAGGUUUUAAAAUGGAUGUCACAUAUUAACGUUUUAUGCCAGAUACAUGGAUAAAUAAGUCAGAGAUGAAGCAAAGUACACAACAGACCGACUACCUAUUAAUUCUGCAAGCAGCUGAGGCAGCAAUCGAGAUCAAUCACCAAGAAAAGCAACUAUGGAUCAAUGAAAGACGGAGAGAUAUUGAAAGGUGUAUAACAGGCUUUUAGAUGAAUGAUUUGAAUUAUGUAACUGUUUUCUGUCACCUUGUGUCUCCACUCACAUCCUUCUCCUGCUUCUUCUCUUGUGUUGCAGUAUGAUCUACUCCUUGGUUACCUCAUAACAACUGAUUUUAUACAGCAGUGACAUAGCAAAGCCUCUGGAUACACAGACUGCCCCUUUGUGUCAUGCCAGAAUUAAAUAUGACAGGAAAUUUAAAUGUAAAGAAGAUAAGAGAGACACGGAGCACUGAACACAAUGUAUCGUGGCUGAAGCUUAUUCUCUGCUUCCUUCUCUCCCUCUCCCUCUCC